UCCUCCCAUGCACCUGAUGGGGAGUAUUUACAGCUCUUUACAGCUACUCAGUGCACUGUUUUCCAAGAGCGCAGCGCAGGACCAUGACACUCCACUGGACUUAAGAAAUAAGGACCAAUCUUUACGCAUCGAACUGACGCUCACGGCUGCUGAGAUUUAACAAGAGAAAAGUUUGCCAGAAAGUUUUACACUUGUUCCUCAAGAUGCCACGCUCUUUUCUGGUCAAGAAACACAUAAACUCCGCAAAGAAGCCAAACUAUAGUGAGCUGGAGAGACCAACAGUGUUUAUCACGCCGCACAUCUACCGGGGCCUCCCUCUGCCUGUCAUCCCGCAGCCGGAGAUCCUGAGCCCGACAGCCUACAGCCCCAUCACGGUGUGGACUACCAGCAGCCUGCCUCUGUCUCCACUCCCCAGUGACCUCUCCCCCAUCUCCGGAUACCCGUCCUCGCUCUCCGACACCUCCUCUAAAGACCACAGCGGCUCGGAGAGCCCGAGGAGCGAUGAGGACGAGCAGAUGCUGCCCAAGCUGACGGACCCUCACGGGGUGGAGGCGGAGAAAUUCACGUGUAGUUUGUGUACUAAGUCCUACUCCACGUACUCGGGACUGCUCAAGCACAAACAGCUGCACUGCGACGCCCAAACGAGGAAAUCCUUCAGUUGUAAAUACUGCGAAAAGGAGUACGUGAGCCUGGGGGCUCUCAAAAUGCACAUCAGGACUCACACGUUGCCUUGUGUUUGCAAAAUAUGCGGGAAGGCUUUCUCUAGACCGUGGCUGCUGCAGGGACACAUCAGGACGCACACCGGUGAGAAACCAUUCUCCUGUCCUCACUGCAACCGGGCAUUUGCAGACAGAUCCAAUCUCAGGGCUCACUUACAGACCCAUUCGGAUGUGAAAAAAUACCAAUGCAAGAACUGCUCGAAAACCUUCUCCAGGAUGUCUCUUCUGCACAAGCAUGAGGAAUCUGGGUGUUGUGUGGCACACUGAACUGGGAUACUUUUCCAGCAGCAGCAGCAGCAAGAAAAGAGAGAAAAAGAAACCCCCUCUGUUGCUUCUUUUAAUUUUCCAAGGCCAGGAGAACUGUCAGGGAAUCACAUGGAGGGGGAGUCUUGUGCUCCAAAGACUUGGUCGAUUUCAUUUCAGAGUGAGAAAUAGCUCACGUUCCUCUCUGUUUCAAGCAGUGUUUCUGUGAUUGCAAUCAGUGUCAAGCUUUAUCAUGCCAUGUACUCACCUACCUGUGCUAUUCAUGCACUUUCCUGCAUGUUUAGAGUGUUUUUUAUAAGCCCUCACAAUGUUAUCUCUAGUGUUUGUACCAAUGUCUCUUAUAAGUGGCUGUUCUGCAGUCGUCCACUUGUUACAUGAUACCAAAAAGCCAAACUAGAGGAAUACUGAAGCCAUUGUAACUUAGGGAACAAGUGCAAACAUUUUAGGGUGAAAUUAUGACUGUAAUAACUUUUGCACAGACAUUUCAAGUUUGCUAGCACUCAACCAAAAAAGAAAAAUCUCAAGUGCCUCAGUUUCUUGGCAAUAAUCUGUAUGUCUCCUUUUCUAUUUUUAUAUAUUGAAUGUAAGCGUGACUGAGAUGAUUGUAUAUUAACAGUGAAAAAAACUGUGAUGCUGAAUGAUUUUGAUAUUUUCAUACCCUCAUGACACUUUUGAAAUAAAGUCUCAUGACAUUUUGUAUAACUUCUGGCAUCGUUUUCAAGUCGCUUUUCAUCUGCUGGUGUAGAAAGAUCCUCCAGCCUGCAGGACUCAGCAGGAUUGCCAUUCGCCUCAAAUGGAAUAAGUCGCAUAAGAGUAAAUGAUAUUUAAUCCUGCUUGCACCAUCUCGUGUUGUGGUGAUGUAGAAAGAGAAAAAAAUCAAGGGGAGAGGUGACUCAGCUGUGAAUCAGGCCUGAACCUGCUCACUGUGAACCUGUCCAGACAUC